AUGGCCGAUGAUCUUUUCAAUGACCUCGUAAAGAUAUUGCAGGACCGUGAUAUAUUGCAUGAUGCCGAUGCUAUAAAAUCUGCAUUCAACGAUCCUGAAAGUCGGAGCGCUAUUCGAGAAUGGAUGCACGAAUAUCUUGCUCCUGAGACACUACUCACCAAAGAAGAGGGAAACAUUUAUGCCACUCUGCUUAAGACUGGAGAAGCCGAAAACCUCGCCGCCCAAGACCUAUCCGCUAUUCGGGGGCUCAACGACUCUGAGAUCCAAGGAGCUAUUGAGGAACUUAAACGAUCCACGGCUGCAAUCGAAAAACAAAGCGAGACCUUGCGGUUGCAACAUAAUGCUUUGUCUGCGCUCGUCAAAAAUGAUCAGCAGAGCACUCAGGCACGGUCUCAGUCAGACAAUGCCCAGUUAAAGAAGUGGACUGCAAAGAAGGACCAGUUGAACAAGGCGGUCGAAGAACAGUCCCAGGCCUUGAACUAUCAAAUCUCGGACCUAGGGCAGCAGAGCAAAGCAUCGGAGGCUAGCAUGAAGCAGACCGUGGAUAGCAUUUUCAAAUCAGACGAUAAACUCCUUGCUAGCCUGCAGAAACUUGCUAGCGAUCUCGCUCCUAUACAACCUGCAGAUGACGACUUGAUCGGACGAAUUAGAGAGUUGUGUGCAAGACUUAUAAAGCACACUGUCGAAGGUAUACGGACCAAACUAGAUCGUGUUUAUCUAGAAACCAUAUGCGGCCCCUCGCACGUUGCGAAUGGCGGAGAGAUAGAAAGCGAGGAUACCCAAGAUUUGCAAGAUGAAUUAGAAUCUCUCUACUCGGAAAUACUCCCAGUCACCCAAAUGUCUACGGAGGAACAAUUCCUUAAGCCAGCCCUGCAAGGUAUAGCAGCUAGUAGUGGUCAGGGCCAGGAACGUGCAGCUAAGGCAGUCAAUUAUAUACACAAAUGCCUAGUUUUCCUAGUGGGGCGAAUAGAAGCGUUCCUAGAACGUGUCGAGGAGCACCAAUGCCAUAGAAUGGCAUUGCAAUGUGUAUUAGACUCGGCCAAGAAAGAACUUUCCCGGGUAGAAAUACUGUCAGCGGAUAACAAGCCUGUCAGUCCAGCUAAAUCCAAUGCUCAAAAACGGCGGACUUCAUCCACAACUCGAUCGCCUGGACGGCCAAAGCCCUCCCGACGACGCUCCUCCGGGGUUGAAAAUGAUGAUAUAGACCCUGAGCAACAAAUUGCACGAAAUCUGGGGAUCUCUCUACCGGCCAAAUCAGUUUCCGAUCAAGCACAUGCCGAGGUCUUGGAAAGAGCUCUGGCUGAUAGAGUCACUAAGCUGGGCAUCCAUGCGGCGAAUCUUCAAUCGAUCACGGAGUCUUCAAUAUCCUCACACUUGCUCGAUUCACAUAUAACUCUGCAGUUGCUGCAGGAUUGUCUUCUAGCAGAAACUCUCUAUCAUAACGUGCAACUUGUUGACCCAGAUAUUGAGGCGUCAGUUUCUAUGUUUCAACAGGAGAUUCAGGACUUGCAGAAAGGUUUGGAGGGGAUAGAUCUGGAGAAGCUGCAGUCUAAGAACAUUCAUCGGGAACAGCUCAUUGAGCGGUGGUCGCGCUGA